AAAAGGGUAGAAUUAGAAUAUGGAGUAAACUGUAAAGGCCACACCAGAGACAGACGCAAGCUCAGACUGGGCACAACCUGCUCUCUCCCCUCUGAACUCAAACACUCCUCCCAUUAUUCCAAACCGCGUCUUUCUUUCUCGGAUAAAGGUUCGGUUCUCUUUGCGCGUGUCCCGUGCUCUUCUCCAAUUCAAUUUCCAAAUAUUAAUAUUUUACUACAUUAAUGGAGGUUAAGCUAUGGAGCGACAAGCGUGAGAGAGAGAUGUAUGAGAAUUUUGCUGAGCUCUUUGCCAUUAUAAAAGCAACAGAGAAGCUUGAGAAGGCUUAUGUCCGUGACAUUAUUUCUCCAGCAGAAUAUGAAACUGAAUGCCAAAAGUUGAUUGCCCAUUUUAAAACUUUGUCUUCCACAUUGAAAGAUAUUGUACCAAGUAUAGAGCGUUUUCAUGAUACUUAUAAGAUGGAUUGCCCGGCUGCCCUGAAUCGUCUUGUGACAUCAGGAGUUCCUGCCACUGUGGAGCAUCGUGCAGCCGCAGCAAUGUCAGCCACUACAUCAGCUGCCAUAGUGGCUGAGUGUGUGCAGAAUUUUAUUACGGCCAUGGAUUCAUUAAAACUUAACAUGGUUGCAGUUGAUCAGGUCCAUCCGCUGUUAUCGGAUUUGUCAGCUUCUCUCAAUAAGCUGUCGAUACUGCCACCUGAUUUUGAGGGGAAGACAAAGAUGAGAGAGUGGAUUGCAAGGCUGUCAAAAAUGGGUGCUGCUGAUGAGCUGACUGAGCAGCAGGCUCGACAGUUGCACUUUGAUCUGGAGUCAUCUUAUAACUCGUUUAUGGCAGCGUUACCCACUGCUGGAACAUAAUUGCUGGUUUUGGGGUAAGUUUGUAAAUACGUGGGGAUAUAUUUGUUUUCUGUUGACAGCACCAAACAUAUCUGUUGUAAUUGCGUUGUGUUAACAUUGGUAGGAACUAGUUAAAUUUGAAGCGAAGUAAUUUAUUGUUUCAACUUCUUGUGGGCAUUGGUAAACAUUCACCUAAAUUUCUGCUGAAUGGACUAUGUUGUACUGAAUUUUGUGUCACUUGGUUGCCUUUGUUACUUGUUCAGACCAAUACCACUUCUCUUCUGCA